AUGGUUUCGAUGGGUUAUGAACCUGUGGAGCAUUUACCAUACAUUUGUGAGAACAUAAGUCCAGAAGAAAGGGCAAAUGUUGAGCAGUUGAUACGGUUAGAACUAGCUAAUCAGUUUAAUACCACUUUUACAACUGCACCCACCACGGGUGUACCCUCAACUGUCGGCAGUAAUGCACAACCACUACAACACCUACGAAACGAACCAUUACAGCAACACCCUUCAGCUGAUCUGAGCUUAAGAAAUAUCACCAUGCAUCCUAUGGAUGAAGAAAAUUUGAUAGCAAAUGGGAUUCGAAGUACCAUGCUAGAAAUGAGCAAACAACAAUACGAAGAAGAAUCGGAUGACGAGGAAGAUGAAAACAUGAAUGAAGAUGUUUAUUUGGCCAGAAAUGUUGACUUUCCAUUGUCCUCACCUUUGGAAGAAUCGUCUUCGAGUCGUGAAGACAGCGGAGUAAAUUAUACAACAUUAGGACAUGCAACAUCACGUCAAUGGAAUGUGAAUAUGUUGCACGAAAGUGGGCAAGGGACGCACAUCCUUCAGCUGAAUCACUUAAAAGAGCUUGAUAACCUGAAGAAAGAUUUAAUGACAAGCGUGAGCAAUAAGAGAAAAAUUAUUGAUGAUGUGAAUGAGUUACGAAAGAAGCGUCAGUUAAACGAUCUUCAACCAGCAGAUUUUUCAAAAGUGCGAUGGUCCCCUGAAAUCAUUACUGCAUCGGAAAUGAAUAUAGAAGAGACAAAGAAAAAUAGGUAG